AUGGCGUAUCAGAUCAACGGUAUCUCGCUAGGGUCAAGGAAAGAUAUCGUUUCUUCUUCGCGAGGAAAGCCGGAGAUCUCCCGAAUGUACCACACCUCGUUAUUUGCAUACAAUAUACGAUGUAUAGUACAAGGUAAACCACCAACCAGACUCAAUGUGUUUGAAAGGCACGGCCGAGAGAGGAGGAGGAGGAAAGAAAAAGAAGAAGAGAAGAUGCCGUCCAUCUUAGCAUUUCUAGAAAAACGGGAGGAAAUCCGUGACGUUUGGGGGUUAGAGGGAACAUCGCAACUUCAUGACUUUUAUGUCAUUCAUUAA